AUGGCAGCUCAACCAGUACCUCUCAAGGGAGCAGAGAACCUUCAAUCUCGAUGGCACUGGUCAGAAGAUCUUGGUGGUUUCGACAUGCCAAUCCGCCUGGAAGGGGAGAUUGGGGACGUCAUGGUUCGAGGCACUAUACCAGAUAAUAUUGACGGAACUUUCUACCGAGUCGCCGGAGAUCAUUUCACACCCACACUUGAGGGUCACAGUCCACUAGAAGGUCAUGGCGCUGUCAGCGCUUUUCGCAUCCACAAGGGCCAGGUGGACUUCAAAAUCAGAUACGUACAGAACGACCGUUACAAAGUCGAGCGAAACCGCAAGAAAAGCUUCUUCGUCGACAUCGUGGGCCAUCCCAUGCGGGACCAUCCAUGUGUUCGUGCUGUCACGGAUCAGGCUUCCAACAUCAAUGUUGUUCAUUGGGCUGGCAAGCUGCACGCUCUAAGCGAAGGAGGACAAGCGUGGACCAUGGAUCCCGACACAUUGAAGACCACGGGCACUAAUCCUUACGGCAGCCAAGUAUCUGGCUCGGCAACUUUUACGGGCCAUCCCAAGAUCGACCAGGGUGUUGACGAACUCAUUACCUGGGGAUUUAGCUCCGACUUCAGAGAACUCAUUUCCUAUUCCAUCACUCGACAGGGCGAAGUCAAAAAUCUUCAUCGGAUUCUGCCCAAGGCCGUUGGCCCAAUACACGACGUCGCUAUUACAAACAACUGGCUGGUUUUCUGCCAGUGGCCUGUUAGUCCGUCAGACCCGAAGAAGGAUGUGGGGAAAUCUAGACUUUCCUGGGACACUGAGCGGCCCACAACCUUCAUUGUUGCACCUCGCCGCCCAGAUCAACCUUUGGCCGGGUCAGGAUGGAAACCAUAUGAGUUUCGGACAUACACUCAUCGGUCGAACUCGGAAAUCGUUCAUACUGGUGGCGCUUGGGAAGAUAACGGCAAGGUUCUCUUCGAAGGUACUUGGCCAAACAACCCUCUGUUUCCAUUUUGGAGCACCCAACAAAAAGAAACAAUCCCGGUCACCACGGUUGUUGACUUUGUCCGAUUCGAGAUCGACGUUACUCAACCGGACCAGGCGGUACUUGCGGAUCCAACCCUUCUAGUCGACAUUCCAAACGAAUUCCCUCGAAUCGACGAACGCUACUACUGCAAGCCGCAUGAUCAUGUGUUCAUGAAUGUAUUCCACUCGAGCUCGAAGGAACCUUUCAGCGCGGCACACAUUUUCCAGGGCCUGAACGCCACAGCAAUGCUGAACAAACGCACGAAUGAGUUGAAGGUCUACUCACCUGGCACGCACUGUCGAUGCCAAGAACCUGUGUUUAUUCCACGAUCAGACGACUCCCCAGAGGGCGAUGGGUACAUUAUAUUCGCAGUCGACCGCCUUGAUGUUAACCUUACGAACCUUGUCAUUUUGGACACGAAAUGUUUUGAGGAUCCUCUUGCUGUUAUAGAGCUUCCUCUACGCAUGCGUGCCCAAGUCCACGGCAAUUGGGUUGAUGGAAGAGAGUUGAGUGGGCAACCUCUAGUGCCUGACCCUCCCCUGGACGAUGAGGCUUAG